CCACCAACUCCUCUUAAAACACCUUCCAACACUCAUCACCACCGCUACUGCUCCUCCCCUCCCUCCGGCCAAACAAAAAGCCAAGGGGGAUAGCUUCUAACACACGCAAGUAGCCAUGUCCCCCAAUUUUCCAAAACCCCAUCUGAAAAUCCCCAAGAUUUUGCUACUUUUCUUUUGUAUAUCUCAAAUUGUAGCUCCUGGGUUUGCAUUUGAGCUGGAUGAAUCUCUGACUUUCAUAUGGCCUUUGCCAGCGGAGUUCAGUUCCGGUAACGAGACGCUGUCGGUGGACCCUUCAAUUACGCUGACUGUGUCGGGGAAUGGGGGCAACUCUGUCGUUGUCAGCGAGGCAUUUGACCGAUAUAAGAGGGUUAUAUUCAAGCGCGCUUCUGGGUUUUCUAUAUUUGGGAAGUUCAGGGGGAGAGGAUCUGUGUAUGAUAUUAGCGAAUUGACAGUAAUUGUUCACUCAGAAAGCGAAGAGCUUCAAUUGGGUGUGGAUGAGAGUUAUAGUCUGACUGUAGCGAAGAGGGAUGCGCAGUCCAUUGUUUGGGAGGCGACAAUUGAGGCAAAUACUGUUUAUGGUGCACUCCGAGGGUUGGAGACAUUCAGCCAAUUGUGUGUGUUUGAUUAUGGAACUAAGUCGGUGCAAAUAUACAAGGCACCAUGGUACAUCCAGGACAAGCCAAGAUUUGCAUAUCGUGGACUUUUACUUGAUACAUCAAGACACUAUUUACCAACUGAAGUUAUUAAGCAGAUAAUCGAAUCUAUGUCAUAUGCUAAACUUAAUGUUCUUCAUUGGCACAUCAUAGAUGAGCAGUCAUUUCCUCUAGAAGUACCAACAUACCCAAAUUUGUGGAAAGGUGCAUAUUCAAAGUGGGAGCGCUAUACAGUUGAGGAUGCACAAGAGGUUGUUAGCUUUGCCAAAAUGAGAGGGAUCAAUGUUAUGGCUGAAGUAGAUGUCCCUGGUCAUGCAGAAUCAUGGGGAGCUGGAUAUCCUGAUCUUUGGCCUUCUUCUUCCUGCAGAGAGCCACUUGAUGUUUCAAAAAAUUUCACCUUUGAUGUCAUUUCUGGCAUCCUGGCAGAUAUCAGAAAAAUUUUCCCAUUUGAGCUCUUUCACUUGGGUGGUGAUGAAGUUAAUACAGAUUGCUGGAGCUCCACACCUCAUGUGAAAAAAUGGCUGGGAGAUCACAGCAUGACUACAAAGGAUGCAUAUCAAUAUUUUGUCCUCAGAGCACAAGAAAUAGCAAUUUCACAAAACUGGACACCUGUUAACUGGGAAGAAACCUUCAAUAAUUUUGCCGCAAACCUUAAUCCUCGGACUGUGGUGCAUAAUUGGUUGGGCCCUGGGGUAUGUCCAAAGGUUGUGGCCAAUGGAUUCAGAUGCAUUUUCAGCAAUCAAGGUGUUUGGUAUCUUGACCACUUAGAUGUCCAUUGGGAUCAAGUGUAUACUGCUGAGCCUCUGGAAGGAAUAAAUGAUGUUUCCAAGCAGGAACUUGUUCUUGGAGGACAAGUUUGCAUGUGGGGGGAGACAGCUGAUACCUCAGCUGUUCAGGAGACAAUAUGGCCACGAGCUGCAGCAGCAGCAGAGCGCCUGUGGAGCCGAAGGGAAGCCAUAUCUACAGGAAAUAUUACCUUAACUGCAUUACCAAGGCUACAUUAUUUCCGAUGCCUUCUAAAUAGGCGUGGGGUUCAGGCUGCUCCAGUCACAAAUAAGUACGCGAGAAGACCACCGAGAGGUCCUGGGUCAUGCUAUGGGCAAUAAUUCUUCUCGUCAGGUCACCACACCCCCAUAUAUCUGAAGCUACCUAUACAAUGUAUGCACUCUUGUAUAUAGAAUCUACGAGCAUCCCCGUAAACUUAAACGUGUCUUCUGCUGGAAUAACGUUGUAGUUCACCUGUUUCACCAUGUUGAAGCUCGAUGGUUGAAAUGUAUCUCAGAAUCUUCUGACAGGGUUCUUCAAUGUUGUUAUAGUCUAUCUACUAGUUGUUUUUCUGAUGGUAAAACACUUUGCCGUAAGACACCUACACAAUUCUUUGCAGUGUGACAAAAAUGAUGCCAAAUCUUGAUGAAAUU